AUGGCUUCACAACCCGCCUCACCACCUUCCAACAUACGCAUCUUGUCGCUCAAUUGCUGGGGACUCAAGUUCAUCUCCAAACUUCGCAAUGAGCGUCUUACGGAAAUCGGUGUCCAGAUCGCCGCAGCCAAUCCGCAGCCAGACAUUGUAGGCCUCCAGGAGUGCUGGACACAGCAAGACUACCAUGCCAUUCGGGAAAAGACACGACAUAUACUGCCGUAUGGGAAGUUCUAUCACAGCGGAUGCUUCGGUGGUGGUUUGGUCAUUCUGUCACGAUGGCCCAUUGUCGAGAGCAAUAUGGUGCGGUAUCCAUUGAAUGGACGGCCUGCUGCAUUCUACCGCGGAGAUUGGUUCGUUGGCAAGGGCGUUGCAUGUGCGAGGAUACAGAUGGGUCCUUCGAAGAGGGACAUCGCAGAAGUGUUUUGUACACAUCUUCACGCCCCUUACGAACGCGAACCACACGACUCCUACAUCUGUCACCGAACAAGCCAAGCAUGGGAGAUCACAAAACUCAUGCGCGCCGCGGCCGAACGCGGACACCUCGUCAUCGGCAUGGGCGACUUCAACAUGAUUCCCCUAUCCCUCGCACACCGUAUCAUAGAAACGCAUUCGCCUGUCCAAGACGUGUGGCGUAUACUCCAUCCCGAAUCCUCCAUCGGCGCAGCCAAAGACAAAGUUGAGCAGUUACGCGGCGUGCCAAUGCCAUCGGCACAGUACAACAUGACUGUCAAUGGUGCAACAUGCGAUAGUGAGCUGAACUCUUGGAGGUGGAACAAAGGACAGCAGAGGCGUCUCACCAAAGGCGAGAAUGUGCAGAUAGACCCUGCCGUCCCAGAUCCAAACGCGAAACGACUUGACUACGUCUUCUUCAGCAGCGGCCGAUACCACAACCCGGAAACAAAAGAGGAGAAAGCUGAGUGGACGCUUAGAGAAGCAAACGUGGGUAUGGCCAUGCGUCAUCCCACGCUACACUGUUCCCUGAGUGACCAUUUCUCGGUCGAAGCGACAUUGACAAGGACCACUACUGCGCCAUCAGCCAUACAACUAUCCCCGUGGGCAUUGCCUGAACGCUAUCUGCCAAUCGAGGUCUACGACGAGAUCAUGGCAAUGAUACUCAAGUAUCAAGUCCGAGAAAGGAUACAGCGCAAGCUGCGCAUAGGCCACUUCUUCUACCAGCUCUCCUUCUCGGUUGGCUGUCUAAUAGGUGUCUGGUGGUCGCCGAAAAACUACGUUUCCUUCAUACUGAUGUUGCUGAGCACACUGGGAUUCAGUGUGGGUGUAAUCGAUGGACUAAUGGGGUUGUUGUUUGUUGGUAGCGAGAUGAGGGCACUGAAGGAAUUCGAGUGGGAGGUCCGAAAUACCAGAGAGCAGGCGCUCGCAAAGGCCGAGGCUGCGAAAACGGGUUCUGAGAGUAGUCAGAUACCUUUUGCAUCGGAAGAAUAG